UACAGUUUCAGAGUAACUGAAUAUAAUUUCAUAAUAUUACAGCUAGUUUCAAGUUUAUUAGAAUUCAGUUCCAAACUAAAUUCGAUUUCAAAUUAUGCUAUUCAGAUUCAGUUUUUCAAUGCAAUAAACAAUUCAGAUUCCAUUUAUAGUGGUACAUAUUUCUGGCCAUAACAUUAGCUUUAAUGUCUCCUCAUCUACAAGUAUGUACACACACAAACAUGCUCUGAUUUGUUUCCUCAGCCCCUUCACCACAGUCAGAGUUAUCACAGAGCCAACAUCUGCACAUUUGAGUUAGCCAAAGGUUGGACAAAAUGUACAGAUAGCUGCACACUGAUUUGGGAGUUUGAUAAUGGAGUUAUAUAAAACUGGGCCCACCUAUUACUCACAAUAUGCAUAUUUUAAAUCAUACAAAUUCACAUAUGUUAGUACACUUUUUCAAAUCUGUUUAUGUACUACAGUAGUAUUCAUUUGCAAAUGUUAGGGUGUAUUUUCAAUUUCUUUCAAAUAAGACCAGAUUUGAUUUACAUAAAAAGAUGUGGUAAAUAAAAGAAUUGCUGUUUGUUUAAUCAAGAACACAUUGCUAAAGUGAUGAAUAAAUGUUUCAUAAAACUGACUUGAUUCUUGGUUUUAUAAAUGAAUAUCUUAGUAGAAUGGAAUUUGGUUGGGCCUAUUUGAUUUCAAUGUUGGUACACAAUCGACUUUGUUGUGAAAAGUUAUAAAUGCUUCAACCUGCAGGACUAGUAAAAAAUCCGUGAACAUUUUAAUAUUUUUGCCAUUGUUUCUUGUCGUUGUGAUUUGUAGCCUUCAACAGUUAGCUGUUAUGACAGUAGGCAUGAUGUAAAUUAUUUCACUGGAAUAAAUCCUUUGAUUUGUUCUUGUAAAGGUCUGUGAUGUUGACUUGUUCUUGUUGUUUUCCAUGUCGUCUGCAUGGCUCUUCGUGUGUAUCACAUCAUCCUCUAGCCUUGGAAGUGGGCGGGCUUCUUGCUUUCGAAUUCACUUCAGUUUUGCUUUGCACGACUCACACACGUAGUUCCCAGUUCCCAUGUUUGGUCUGAGCGAGCCGGCUACAUGCGGUUUUUAUUUUAGUUAAACGGUCACAUUGAAUGAAAGAGAGGUUUAAAACCAGCGGGAUCUCAAGACAUGUCUGGAAAUAUCACGUACGAAGCAUGCGAGAGCAUCAACCUGAACUUUACGCACGCCUUCCUGCCGGCGGGGUUCAUCACUGUAUUCGUCGUCGGGACGGUGUCCAACAUCUGGGGGCUCAGGAGCGUGUGCACCAGCUGGAACAAAAUCGGAAGCAUUAACAUCUUCAUGUUCAACCUGGGGGUUGCGGACCUCCUGUACCUGUUCACCCUGCCGUUUCUCGUGCACUAUUACGCAAAAAACAGCCUCUGGCAGUUCGGCCAGCCUUUCUGCAAAGUGACCCGCUUCUGCUUCAACCUCAACCUGUACGGCAGCAUCGGCUUCCUCACCUGCAUCAGCAUCUACAGGUACCUGGGCAUUGUGCACCCCAUGAGGGUGAUGGGGAAAAUCACCAGCUGCCACUCGCUGGCCAUUAGCGCCCUGGUCUGGCUUCUCGUCAUUAUCCAGAUCCUCCCUGAUAUGUUCUUCGACAAGAAUGAUCUCAAAUCCCCAAACUCGUGCUACGACACCACCUCGAACGAGUUGAUCCGAGGAUACCUGCCGUACAGCAUCGGCUGGUCCGUCACAGGGUUUGCCAUACCGUUGCUUAUCAUUUUGCUCUGUUAUGGACACAUAGUUGUGGUUCUUGCCAGAAAAGCCAACGUCAACCCUCUGCUGAAGCAGCGGUGUUUGAAACUGGUCGUGAUUCUGGUGAUUUUGUUCUCCGUCUGCUUCAUCCCCUACCACGUCUUUCGAAAUGUUAACCUGAAAACCAGGAUUUUGAAACAGAGUGGGAUUUGCCACUCUGUUUUCGACGACAUCUACAUUGCGCAUCAGGUCGGCCGAUUCCUGGCUUGUCUAAACAGCGCAAUAAACCCUCUGAUUUUUAUCGUUGGGAAUGAUGAUUUCCUUAUGAAGCUUCAGCACCUCAGCAGACGGGCCCGGCUGUCUCUGGCCGGCCUGACAGGCGCAGUCCUUUACCGCAGACCGACGGAUUCACCGUUAGAGACUCGCGGUAACUCCGACCUGAUGAAUGGAUAGACGCACAAUCGUUUCACCCGAGGUACACUUCCGUCCCUGCGUAUCAUGCACCGCCAGAACUUCCACAUUUCCUGGAACAAAGUAGCCUACAAUAAUGACGGAUGAUUUGCAAGAUAAUAAGCCAAUUAUCUAGCAGUGCCAUACGUCAUCAGGUCACCAAGGUGUCUGCGCAGAGAGAAUAUCAAAUGUCCUGCUGGAGGAUUUUCUCUGUUUCUGCUGAACAUUAUUACAAAAGACAGAACUUGUUAUUUCCAGCUGAAGCUCAUGUUAGCAUCUCAUAUAGUGCUCUGAUUUAUUGCAUCAGAAUUGUACCAAGGUGCUGUUCGUGUUUUUGCACUGUGUAUUACUGUGAUUGUGUGCUUAAAAAAGCGGAUCCGUCCUGUGAUUGCUUUCCUACUGUACAGUGCAAGAAAAGUCCAUGUUUUAAAACACAUGUAUUGUGCCUGAGCACUGCCAGGCCAUAGCCUAUAGCACUAUGCACUGUUACUGCUGAAGCAUGGUUUGUGUUGUCCAUGUUUAACUCAGAUUCAAAAGGCUUUUGAACAGAGGCAUGUUUAACUGUCAGAGUGGCCAUUCCAGAGCUCUUAAUUUCACACAUUUGUUUAGUGGAAAUUGACAUGAGUUCAACAAAGAACUGUAACAGUGAUGUAAGUGCUGGGAUCUCCAGUCUCAAAGUGGAAGAAAUACUCAAAACCUCAAAUACUUUGCCAUAAAAAGUCCUGUAUGUUUAAAUGUGUACUUAAAUAAAAGUAUAGAAGUAUUAUCAACAAAGUGUACUAAAAUAUCAUGAAGUAAAGUAAUUAUUAUGCAGAAUGUCACCUGUGAUAUAUUAUUAUAUGCUAUAUUACUAUUGGGACAUUUUUACUGAUGAAUUACCACGUAAGGUGAAACUAAUAGUAUGAUCAUUUUGGAGGCUGUAGUUUGUGCUGCUCUUGUCCUAUACAGAGGUGCUUCUGUUAUUUUGUCCACCACAUUUAUAUCAGUGAGGGUAGGCUAACACAGCCAUCGCUGUAUGAAGGUCUUUUCAGCCAGUGGAGAGAGACCUCCGCUGGCCGAAGCAGCUAGUUCCGGUUUAGCGAUUGGCUAACUUGAAUGGGAAUUUAAUGAUUUAAUUGUGCAGCUCUUCUAGACUUUACAAAUGUUAUCUGACCGAAUGUAUCAAAUUCUGACAGUGAAAUGAGUUAUUUUGCAGGGGUUGUGAAGCUC